UUGGGUUCAUGAAAUAUGACAGAUGUUCCCGUGUUUUAUUUCACUGCGGAGAAGAACCAGUGCUUCCUAAUUAAAGAUCCAAUACCCGGCUCUUCUCGUCCUUAUUCUUCAUCGGCUACUGCUCAAAAAUCAGCCCAAACGUCCACACGGGAAAUGGACUUAUGUUGGGAAACUUGUGUAAGAGCUUCAAAGCUGCUUCAGGUUAGGGAGUUAUAUGGUAAUGUUAUUCCAUUCAAAAAAAGAAAGCGCAACUUCAAGGAGGAAUUCCGAAAGAUACAAGUAUCACAACCUGUGGUUUGGAAGUAUAGUGAAACAGAUAAGAUUGCCGAUGGUGCUUUGGAAAAGAUACAUGUUGAUGUACAAACACCUGAAGGCCUAACUGAAACAGAUGCUUUAUUAACGGGUGGUGCAAAUGGAUCCUUGAGUUUUGUUGAAGUUGGAAAAGUUAGACCACAUUUUGAUUACGAGGUAAAAUGCAUGCCAGAUCGUGCAUGGCCUUUUAUCAAAGAAAACCAAGCAGAGUAUGGUACAAUUCCUGGGCCAAUUCGCAGAUCUGCAAGAGGGUCACUUCGAAUGGGAUCAGAUGUGUCUUGCAUAAAAUUGUUUGGAAAGCAAUCUACCACAAUAGAAAAUGAUUCAAGCAUCCGGGAUGCACUAGUAAGUAAUUUGGGUUCAGAGACAUCACGUGGAUCUCUUUCUAUUGUUAAACUCAUUGAACCGUUAGAUCUCGAUUGGAGUUUUCCUGCCACACAUCGAAGAAUGCGUGAUGUUGCUUCUUUCAAUUGUACCAUCUGGACUGCAGAUUGCAAUUUUAAUUGGAGUCGAGCAGUAAUUGGUACUAAUCUAGGGGCUGCCUUGGUGGAUUUGGAAACUGGAGAUGCAUCAUGGGUGUGUCGAAGUAAAAGUGAUGUUUUUGCACUACAAUUUAUUCACUCGGGAAAUGCUCUCUUAUGUGGACUCAGGGAUGGAGCAAUUGUGACAGUGGAUGUUCGUGAAAAACGGGAAGGGAGUUCUGCUGCACUUAUUAGUCAUAUACCUUACUCAUCUUCGGAUAAAACUCUUGGAAGUUCUAGUCGACAAGUGUUUGAGCUCUUUGGAAACAUAUAUCCAUCAUAUACCGUAAAAAUGCCUUCAUCUAUUUCUUGUUUGGUAUCACUUCAGUUCGAUGACCAUUACUUCUUGGCAAGCUCCAUGGAUGGAUCGGUGAAAUUAUAUGAUCAUCGGCUAAUACAGAGAGGGGCUGUGCAAUCUUAUGAAGGUCAUGUUAACUCCCGUACUCGUAUACAGCUUGCAGUUGACCCAUCCGAUAAAUUUGUUAUGUCAGGUGGGGAGGACUGCAAAUUACGGAUCUGGAGUAUCAAGACUGGAGAAUUGCUCUUUGAGGAUAAAUUCUCCAAUUCAGUCCCUUCAACCGUGUGCUGGCAUAGAGCUGAAAGAUUGCUGGGUGUGCAAGAUGAAACGCAAUGGUAUAAAGAGUGUAUACAUCAGCAGGGCUAUGGUUUAAAAGCUUGGCUUGGAUCUCAUAAAGGACUGUUUUACAUGGACUGGUCUGGAAUUUAUAGUGACGCACUAAUGUAGUUUUUAAGUGUCUAACAGAUAGAUUCUGGUUCUGAAAAGCAGUUCCCCUCAAACAUGCAAAUCACCAAUUGCCGGUGGAUGGGCACAAUAAUGACAAUACCAGCAGCAAAGGGGGCUGCUUUUUUUUUUAAAUGUCGGGAACCUCUUCAAGGCAGGGCCCUUCGGACCCACCCUUGCAGAGUAAAUCCCGGUCCCAUGCACUGCACCCUUGAAAGUUUUUCUACAUAGAACUGGUUAAAUCGCUGGUUUUUCACCAGGAGGUGUGACUCCAAAUAAUUAUUUGCACUCAAGAGGUGUUGAACCUUGGACAUCGAAAGAAGUGAUGUCUCAAGACCAAUGCCUUCAUCAAGAGGGCAUCUUUGAGCAAAAUCGCCAGGCAAUGUUUUGGUGCCAAGAGAGAGCUAUGAAUGUAAGCAAGGGUGAAAGAGUAAUGACUUGGCCCAAUUCAACUGAGUUGUUCACUUAGGGUCUGGAUUGUAUUAACAGAUAGCAAUGGUUAUAAAUGGCUAAAAGUAUCUUUCUAAUCUCCAAAUUUCCCACUUCUUUUCUUUUUUA